ACUGGGUUGAGGAGGUCAGAUAGGCAGUCGCUUCUUGUAAAGCACUGGUACUCAGCUGAAUCCGGUUAGACUGGAAGCCGACCCCAACAUAGUUGGGAAAAGGCUCGGAGGAUGAUGAUGAUCAUAGACACCAAAACAAUAACUUAAACAAACGACAUUUUAGAUCAUUCUAUUUAUUUGUGCCUACGAUUAAAUAUCGGAAACUAAAUUAUGAUCAUUUGCCUCCAGCCAACCAUGAUGAAUUUACAAACUGUAAUUUAUAUGUUCAAGUUCAGCUAGAAAGGUGUUUGCAAAGGGUAUCUAUUUUAUUCAAAAUUAAAUAUAGAUCGUUAUGUUAAAGUAUUUUGUGCUUGUUUCAUUAUUUUUCAUUCUUUCAAAAUCAUUGAAGACACUGUUAGAAUAUGGUGAAUUCGACGUGAAAAUGACAAACAUCGAAAUUUGCAAUGGACCUAAACGUAGAACUUGCGCUGACUUCUCCUUUGAAAUUGUCAAUGAAGUUAUUCUUAAAAGUGACAUGACUGUGAAGGAGGAUAUGAAAACUGUGAAGGGUAAAAUUGUCGGCACAUUAAACGGUAAAGAAUUACUUAGGGUGCAGGUCAAAAACUUGUGUGACCACAUUUUCUUAAAACCACUCAUUCAGUCUAUCCUUAACAAUUCCGACCACUGUGUUGUAUCCAAGGGUCAUUACCAAUUUAGCGUGGAUAUGCAAACGAUUGCUCGAAGAUUCUACGGAGGCAAGUUUAUUUACGGCGAUUGGGCGUUCAAGUGGAUUUUUCACGCUGAAUAUUGUAACUUUCAGUGUGCCACAUUGUAUCUUACAAUGAGUCCAAAAUCUGAUUAAUAAAAAAUAUAUUUAACUCAAUAUAAAAAUCUUUGAAUUUG